CGAAAUCGGUGUUGUUGUCUUUUUGAUAACUUCCACCAUGAGCUUUGAAUUUCUAAUUCCUGUUGCCCGAGAUGACUUGCUGAACAAAACAAAUGUGUCCCAGUUUGUUGUGGAUGAGGUGUUAUCACCGAGGGAGUUGACUGGUGCAUUACAUGAAUUGAAGACAAACUUAAGAUCUACUGGUGCUCGUGUAAUUCUGGAACAUUUUGAUGUCCUAUUCAGUGUCCUAUGCUUACAAAAAGACAUUUCUCAAGACGUGAAGGAGGAUGCUUGGGAGCUUGUUGUGAAAAUUGCAAAAUCAUUGUCCAAUGAACUCGUCAAUGUACUGGGAGAUGUACUUCCCGCUAGGGAGGAGAAACAAGCCUGCCUCAAUACUGUCAAGAUGGUGUGCUACCUUUUGUGCCAGUACAUGGAAAUGUUGGAUGCAGAUGACUCUAAGCCAAGUGCAACACAAUUGGUAAAUGCAAAGGGUCGUGCCAAGACCAGUAAAAUGAAGAAGGCAAGCACAGGAAUGGAUUGGGAUGAAGAGAGAGCAAUUGGCUUAAAGGCCCUGCUUCACCUAGUCUCACUUAAUCUUCACCAGCUGUGGGACCCACCAAUACCAGAUGAUGAAUUUGUCAAUCUGGUUACAAACUGUUGUUACAAGUUAUUUGAAACUCCAAGACUAGCAUAUGCAUCUGCAUUGGAAACAAGACAAGUAAUGAAUCACAUCAUAGCUGUGAUGGUGAAAAACUACAACCACAGUUUAGGCUGCAGUCUAAAGCUAGUACAGUUGGUGCAGCACUUUGAACACCUUGUUGCUCCUCUGGCCCAGACACUACAAGUCAUCACAGAGGAAUUUGGAGUCAAAACAGUUCUGUGUGAAAUUACAAGAGAGAUUGGGCGUCUUGCUCCAGAGGACGCAGCAAAAGACUCGUCAGGGACUCGCAACUGUUCCACCUUCUUGGUGGAGAUAGCUGACAGGAUCCCUGCGUUGGUCCUUCCCAAUAUGAGUCUGUUGCUGUGCCAUCUUGACACUGAGCCAUAUGUCAUGAGGAACUGUGUGCUGGGAAUGAUUGGGGAGAUAUUGAUGAAGGUCCUCAACAAGGAUGGUUUGGAUGACAAGACCAAAGCCACCAGAGACGAGUUCCUUGACCAUCUGGAGGAACAUGUCCAUGACUGUAAUGCCUAUGUCAGGAGUAAAUGUCUGCAGAUCUGGACAGCCAUAGUAAAUGAAAAUUGCCUUCCACUGAGGAGACAAGUCAGUUUGACCACUCUGGUUGUUGGUCGGCUAAAGGAUAAAUCAAGCUCGGUUCGGAAACAGGCCCUCCAGUUGAUCACAAACUUGUUCAAGUGUAACCCAUAUGCAGCGAAGUUUUCAGUGAAAGAAUUGGAGCAGAAUUAUGAAAGCGAGGCAGAGAAGUUGAAACAGCUGAUGAAAGAGGAUGAAGAGAAUGGCGGACAAAGUAACCCAUUAGUAGAAAAGCUGGAGAAUGACUGGCAAAGGAUUGAGAUUAUGAUCAAGGAGGCUCUCCUUAAUGAAGGAGACUCACAGGACACUGAAGAGAAGACAGAAUCUGAGGAGGAAGGAUCACAGGAGAAAACCCAACCAGACAUUGUUAUUACUGAUGAGGACACUCAAGACAGUGUGACAGAAAGAGUGAUGACACUUCUGAUGGAAGAAAAGUGGUGUGCUGCCUACAAACUGAUGACGGCCAUGGUGAAUACCUACCCUGACAUCAUGCAAGAAGCUUCACAGCAGAAUGAAAGAACUGAUUCACAAGGAUCAACUUCAACUCAAGAAGAGGGUACAAGCAUUAUUCAGUGUCUUAAACAGAUUUUUAUGAGACAUAAGAGCAGUAACAUUGAGCUGGCUGCUGAAGCUGUUCAAAGCCAAGAUUCGGAGGACCAGUGUGGAAGGGUCAGUGACGUUUCAAAACAGCAGGUGCUUGUUUGGUACCUAAAGGACACACUCGCCUUUGCUGUUGAAACUGAGAAAGCCUUUCCCGUUAUCUGUCGUCUUUUGGGGUCAGAGAAUGUAUCGGACGUACUAGGUGCAGUAGACUUCUUUGUGACUGGGUUUAAGUUUGGUCUGUCCUCGGCCAUGCAAGGAGUGCGGCGCAUGUUACCUCUUAUCUGGUCAAAGGAAUCGGGUGUGAAGGAGGCUGUUGUUGAUGCUUAUAAAAAAAUGUACCUGUCUCCUGAAGGCAACAAUGAAAGAGCAAAUGCCUUAGCUAUAGUGAAGAAUCUAUCAGCCCUGACGUUUGGCGUAACUAUAGGAGAUCUAACAUCUCUGGAAGGCUUGAUGAUAGAGCUGAUGAAAACAGGAGACUUGAACAGUACUGUGAUGAAGAUUCUUUGGGAACGGUUCACUCUCAAGAUCCCUAAUACAUCUGCUGAGGACAGCCGAGCUGCAAUCUUACUUCUCUCUAUGGCAGCUGGGGCAGAUAACACAGUGGUAAGAAGUAAUAUCAAUGUGAUGGUGAGUGAAGGGCUGGGACCAAGAGCACACUCAGACUUCAUACUGGCCCGAGAUACCUGUCUGGCACUACUCAAACUCCCUAACUCAAAGAGGAUGAAAGGUCAGGUGGCUGGUAAACCAUUCCGUCUACCACAGAACCAUGACAUGUUUACCAGACUGUCAGACAUCCUUGUUAAAGGUGUUGCUGAUGUGGAGAACAGAUACUGGAUCCCUCUGGCAGAGCAAGCUGUCAAAGUCAUAUACAAACUCUCAAAUCAUCCUGAUGCUGUUUGUCAGGAAAUCAUUCGUAAAGUUAUUCACGAGUUCAAUAGAUCUAACAACGCAGAUAAGCCCAACCCUAGCUUGUCAGCUGCCACCAUGCAGACGUCUGUGGUGGUGCUGACGCGUGUCCUAUCACUGGCUGGACAGGUGGCUUUUAGUCAGAUGAUCUACCUUGAGAGUGAUGUCCUGGAUGAGCUGAAGCGUCGUCGUGCUGGAAAGGAGGAUUCUGGCAAAACUCCAGCUAGACAAAACAAGAAUAAAUCUAGAGAAAGUAAUGCCUCAGAGGCCAUUGAGGAGGAGCUUGGUUUAGCUGGUGCAGCUGCUGAGGAUGCAGAAGCAGAAUACAUUCGUAAAGUCUGCGAGAGGGACAUCGUCACAGGUAAAACCCUACUAGGUGCACUGGCUCCCGUCAUUGUGGCUGUGUGUACCAAUCAGGCUAAAUAUUCAGACCCAGAACUGCAGUCCGCAGCAUCUCUAGCCUUGUCUAAAUUCAUGAUGGUCAGUUCUGAGUUCUGUGAUACACACUUGCAGCUGUUGUUUACUAUACUUGAGAAGACAACGCAUGCUACAAUCAGAGCGAACAUCAUCAUUGCAUUAGGGGACCUCACUUUCCGUUUCCCAAACAUGAUUGAACCCUGGACCCCACGCAUAUAUGCCAGAUUGCGAGACGAGUCAACCUUGGUGAGACAAAACACACUGCAAGUCCUCACCCACUUGAUUCUAAAUGAUAUGGUGAAGGUGAAAGGUCAGAUCAGCGAGAUGGCCACAUGCUUGGUGGACCACAAUGACAAAAUAUCCUGCUCAGCCAAAAUAUUCUUCACUGAGUUAUCUAAAAAGGGAAAUGCUGUUUAUAACAUCAUGCCAGAUCUUAUCAGCCGUCUGUCUGAUCCAGACGUUGGAGUUGACGAGGAACACUUCAGGACUAUACUCAGAUACCUGUUUGCCUUUAUACAAAAGGAUCGACAGUGUGAGAGUCUAGUAGAGAAACUUUGUCAACGUUUCCGGGCCGCCAGGAACGAAAGACAGUGGCGGGAUCUGGCCUUUUGUCUGUCCAUGCUAUCCUACAAUGAAAAGAGUCUCCGCAAACUCCAGGAAAACUUUGUGUGUUUUGCUGAUAAGCUGGCUGAUGAUGAAGUCUACUCUUGUUUCGUUUCCAUCAUCUCAAAGUCUCAAUCAUCUGGUAAACUUGGAGCAAAGGGGGCUUCUUUAGCACCUCUCCUGACGGAGCUGGAGGAACGGCUGGAACGUUGUCACAAUAAGGGGAUGGAGGAGGAUGAUAUUGUACAGAAAGCCAGUCAAUCCAGUCAGCGAGGAAAGACACCGCACAAAACUCCAGCUCGAAAGGGCAAAGCUGGACGACGUACUAGAAAGAUGAUUUCUGACAGUGAAGAGGAUGAAGCUGAGAACAAGACACCAGUAGUGAGACGGCAGACACAACGGAAAGCCAAGCCUAAAAUAUCUUUUGAUUCAGAUGAAGAGAGUGAUUUGGAGCUAUUUGAUCUGGAUAAAUCAUGUACAGAGGACAGUCAGAGUCAAGACUCGGCCAGUCAGAAAUCCAAAGACUCUUCAGAUGAUGAGGAUCUCAUGCCAGUCAAAAAGCCAAAACACAAGGGUGGCAAGAAAACAACACGUGCUCUCCUGACAGUCAACUCGCCCCGAUGAGGAUAGAGGAUGCCCUCAUAUCUAAUUUCUGAUAACAGAAAUAAACAACAGUGCAAAUAAGAAUAUGUCUUAGCAUGACAUGCUUUACACACUUUUCAAAGAGAUCAGAACAUUUUCCUGCAUGACUGAUUCAUUUUAUAUAAUAUA